AUGCGUCUAGCACUGCUCGUGCUAGCCCUUUUCGGCUAUACUCAUGCCGACUUGUUCACUUCAAUUGCAGAUAUGCAGAAUCUAUUAGAAACAGAAAGAAAUAUUCCAAAGCUUCUUGAUAAAUAUAUUCACGAGGAAGAGGAAAGACUGGUCCAAUUGAAGAAAUUAUCAGAAGAAUAUGCAAAGAAGAACGAGCAAUCGAUUGAGAACGGAAUGAAGGAUAUUGUGAAUCCAAUAAAUGCAUUUUUGUUGAUUAAAAGAAAGAUCUUUGAUUGGAAAGAAAUUGAAUCUAAAAUGAAUGCAAACAAAGCUGGAAACGUGGUCAAUUCAAUCACAGAUGAUAACUACGGAGUCCGUUAUCCAACAGCAGAUGAUUUGAGUGGAGCUGCGAUCGGAUUGCUUCGUCUUCAAGAUACUUAUCGACUGGAUACGAAAGAUUUGGCUGAUGGAAAGAUUUAUCAAGAUCAAGGAAACUACACGUUCUCUGCAAAAGAUUGUUUCGAAAUUGCUCGUGCAGCUUAUAAUGAACAUGACUUCUACCACACCGUGAUGUGGAUGGAAGAGGCUAAAAGAAGACUUGCAGACGAGGAAGAACCAUCAGUUGAAGUUGAAGAUAUUCUUGAGUAUUUGGCGUUUGCUCUCUACAAGCAAAACAACUUGAAGCACGCAUUGAAGUUAACUGAGGAGUUGUACAAAUUGAAUCCAUCUCAUCCACGUGCUAAAGGAAACGUCAAAUGGUAUGAAGAUCUUUUGGAACAGGAAGGAGUUCGUCGAAGUGAAAUGAGAAAGAAUCUUCCAGCAAUUCAGAACCGUCGUCCAGAUUCAGUUCUUGGAAACACUGAGAGAACAAUGUAUGAAGCGUUGUGUAGAAAUGAGGUUCCAGUGUCUCAAAAAGAUAUUUCUCGUCUCUAUUGUUACUACAAAAGAGACCGCCCAUUCUUGGUUUAUGCCCCAAUCAAAGUUGAAAUCAAAAGAUUCAAUCCACUUGCUGUCCUUUUCAAAGAUGUUAUUUCUGACGAUGAAGUGGCUACAAUUCAAGAACUCGCAAAACCAAAACUUGCGAGAGCAACAGUUCAUGACUCAGCAACUGGAAAACUGGUCACUGCUACAUAUCGUAUUUCGAAGAGUGCUUGGUUGAAGGAAUGGGAACAUGAAGUUGUUGAAAGAGUCAAUAAGAGAAUCGAAUUGAUGACUAAUUUGGAAAUGGAAACUGCUGAAGAGUUACAAAUUGCAAAUUACGGAAUCGGAGGGCAUUAUGAUCCACAUUUCGAUCAUGCGAAGAAGGAAGAAUCGAAAAGUUUCGAGAGUCUUGGAACUGGAAAUCGUAUUGCAACUGUUCUGUUUUAUAUGUCUCAGCCAUCUCAUGGAGGAGGAACUGUCUUCACUGAAGUCAAAUCUACAGUACUUCCAACCAAGAAUGAUGCUCUUUUCUGGUAUAAUCUGUUCAAACAAGGAGAUGGAAAUCCAGAUACUCGACAUGCUGCCUGUCCAGUUCUUGUUGGAAUCAAGUGGGUUUCAAACAAAUGGAUUCACGAGAAAGGAAACGAAUUCCGUCGCCCAUGUGGUCUGAAGUCAUCUGAUAAAGAACGAUUUGUCGGAGAUCUCGGAGUUGGACCAGAACCAAGAGAUGCUCCAAAUCUUUCUCCAGUUCUUGCAAAAGAUGUUUGGGAGACUCUUUGA